AUGGCUCGAGAAUUUGAGGCACUCGCCCUCAAUGGCCACAACUACCCUACUUGGGCCAUGGACACGAAGAUCGCUCUUGCAUCUCGUCGGAUAGUGCGUGCAAUCCAGGCUGAGCAGGAUCCACUGCCCGCUGGAGUCACGCCACUAACAGAUGAACAGAAGUAUACCGCCUUAUACAUUAUAAGGCACCAUAUUCACCCAGAUCUCAAGUCUGAGUACUUGGAGGAGGAAUCCCCUAGUACCCUGUUUCAGGCCCUCAAAAUGAGGUAUGAACAGCAGAAGGCAGUUGUCCUGCCAGAAGCACUCCAUGAUUGGACUCACCUCCGUCUUCAGGACUUCAAGUCCAUCGGAGAGUACAAUCAUGAGCGUCCGGUUGGUUCUCAACCUCUACCUGAAGUUCAUAUGAAUGUCGCGAACGGACGAAAGUUUGAUGGUGGUUUCAAAGGAAAGCCCUCGAACUUCAAUGGUAAGCGAAAGCGCAACCGGAACAGGAAGCCCAGAAACUCAGACCGUGGGAAAGGCACCGCAAAGUCCAAGUUUGACAAAUCUAAGCUUUGCGACAAGUGUGGAUGCUAUACGCACCCCACUGACAAGUGCAAGACCCCAAGGCAUCUGGCCAUUCUGUACCAACAAUCCCAUGGACGCAACGCACCUCGAGGGAAAAGGUUUGAAGCCAACUUCAACCUUCAUCCAGAUGGCACCGAUGGAGCUGGCUGUUCGCAAGACGUUCCCUCGGGACCAAGCAACGCCGUUACUCUCCUUCCAUCAAAGGACCCUGCAGGAACGGAGGACAUGAUGGUUGAGUACACCUCAACCGACGUGUUUGGAGACUUCGACUAG